AUGUUCUUCUCUCAGCUACCCAUUCAUCUCCAACGUGCAGCCGAGUUACAACAAGAGCCCCCCAAAGGCAAGCCUUACAGCAUUGCCUUACCGGGCUCAGACAAGCCUGAGCGCUCUCCGAUCUACCGGAGCUGGAACUCAGCUAAAGAACUAGUGCAGACUUUGGAUCCUAAUGUUGCCACCGCGCAUGAUAUUUUCGAGUCGACCGCCAACAGAGUGCCCAAGAGCCACUGCUUGGGAUGGCGCCCUUAUGAUCCGAUAGCAAAGGCCUAUGGUCCGUACCAAUGGAUGGACUACGAGACGGUACAGCAGCGCCGUACUGCUUUUGGUGCAGGUCUCGUCGAAGUACAUAAAAAACAUGGCUGCCAUCGCCCCGGCCAGUACGGCAUUGGAUUAUGGUCCCAAAACCGUCCGGAGUGGCAACUGACCGAUCUUGCCUGCAUGUCGCAGAGUCUGUAUUCGGUCUCUAUCUAUGAUGUGCUCGCGGCAGACGCAACAGAGUACAUCAUUAAUCAUGCUGAACUGAACUGUGUUGUGACUUCUCUACCUCAUAUCCCCACUUUGCUCAAAUUGAAACCAAUGUUGCCCGGUCUGAAGAUCAUUGUCAGCAUGGAUCCUUUGGAUGCUGGGGAACCCACCGGUCUCUCUAAGCGCUCCCUCCUCGAAUCGGUUGCGGCUGGGCUAGAAGUGUCUAUUUAUACGAUCGACGAUGUGGAAGAGCUCGGAGCUUCACCGAAACGCCCGUGUAACCCCCCAAGUCCAUCUGACAUCGUUACAAUCAAUUAUACGUCCGGUACUACGGGUAAUCCUAAAGGAGUGGUCUUGACACAUGCAAAUACUGUUGCCGCAACCUCAAGUGGCCUUGUAGUCACUUUGCAGGCUCCUGGUGAUACUCUGGCUUCCUAUCUCCCACUGGCACAUAUCUAUGCGCGGUUGUCGGAGCAUGCAGCAUUUUGGGCGGGGGCACGAAUUGGCUACUUUCAUGGAAAUAUGUUGGAGCUUGUUGAUGACCUAAAAGUCCUCAAGCCCACUGGAUUCAUGUCGGUCCCAAGACUAUACAGUCGCUUUGGGAAUGUCAUUCGCUCGGCCACUGUGGAUCAGCCCGGUUUUAAGGGAACGUUGUCGAGGCAUGUUGUCGCGGCAAAAACCGCAAACCUGGAACAUCCUGAUCCCAGCAAAGCUACAACAAAACACGCGUUGUAUGACCGUAUCUGGUCGAAAAAGGUGUCCGCAGCGCUUGGCUUGGAGCGCACAAGGGUGAUGGUGUCUGGCUCUGCGCCUCUGGACCCGACCCUUCACCAGUUUUUGAGAAUCGUCACUGGUACUGACAUCAUUCAAGGCUACGGAUUGACUGAAACUUACGCGAUUGCAUGCGCUCAGUCCCCACGAGACUUGACUGCCGGAAAUUGCGGGCGCCUUGCUCCAUGCAAUGAAGCCUGCUUAGUCUCUCUCCCGGACAUGGAGUACUCAGUCGAUGAUAAGCCCUUUCCGCGGGGUGAACUGCUUCUACGUGGAGGAAAUGUUUUCCGCGAGUAUUACAAAAAUCCAGAGGAAACGGCUAAUGCGAUGACAGAAGAUGGAUGGUUCCGGACCGGUGAUGUUUGUACGAUUGAUGAAAUGGGCAGGAUCAUAAUUAUUGAUCGCCGCAAGAACGUCCUGAAGCUGGCGCAAGGAGAAUACAUCUCUCCUGAGCGUCUGGAGGGUGUUUACCUUUCUGAGCUGGGCUAUUUGGCCCAGGGGUAUGUCCAUGGUGAUAGUGUUCAGACUUUCUUGGUGGGUAUUUUCGGCGUGCAGCCUGAAUCAUAUGCUCCCUGGGCCAGCAAAGUGCUCCGCCGCACUAUAGAGAUCACAGACAUGGAAAACAUCAAGGGCACGUUGAACGAGCCCCAAAUACGUCAUGCAGUGCUGCGCGACCUUGACCGCGUUGCAAAGAAACACAAACUUGCCGGAUAUGAGAAGAUCAAGAAUUGCGCACUAAUGCUAGACCCAUUCACCGUCGAGAACAACUUAUUGACCCCAACUCUGAAGCUUAAACGUCCCCCGGUUGUGAAGAAGUACCGCCAGCUCCUGGAUGAUCUAUAUACGAAGGCCAUAGCUGAAGAGGCCACUCCGAAGGCUAAGCUCUAG